AUGACAGCUCAGCAAGAUUCAGACGAAUUUUUACUGAGGAUAUUUGACGGCAUCCAGAAUAGUUACGAUCCUCAUACUAUUCAUGGAGCAGCGCGUCAAGCUGAAUAUGAUUCACUUUUCCACGUCAGGACUCGUGAAGUCCACACUUGCGAUGGUUGUGAUGCCACUCGAUCCGACAACGUGAAUGAGAUGCUGGGAAUUAGAAUCAUUCCAGAUGCUAAUAUCAUGGACGACACAGUCGAAAAUGCCCUUUCCCGGUACUUUAGUGAUCCCACAGCCAUCUCAGCAUCCUCCAGUUGUUCCUGCAAGAAGUACUCGACUCAGUCGAUCAGGAGAACGAUUAUAGCUGCACCUGAGUACCUUCGUGUUCAAAUCAAUCUUGUUCAACAAGUUUCAGAGGAAAGAAAGGAUAAAUACGGCAACGUCAAGGUGGACAAAAAAACUGGCGAUCCCAUAAUGGUUGUGAACGUGGUCAAGAAUACUAACCCCAUAUCAAUACCUGACACCAUUGACUUGACAGCGCACAUGGACAUCCCAGCAACAAUCCAGAACCCUUAUCCAGUACAAUAUAAGCUCGUAUCUGCCACCUAUCAUAGCGGUGCCAGUUUCAAUGCAGGUCACUACACAGCCGGCGUCACUGGCCCGGCGCUUCCAUUCCGAGCCGAAAGAGCGCAAUUCUUCUGCAAUGAUGCGGCCAUUACCGAUCUGCCGCCGACUGAUGCUCAUCCGAAUGCAAUUACGGAAAAUCCUAUGCAAGGGGACUUCAAUGCUACUACUCUCUACUAUGAGAGAAUCACGCCUAAGAGUAUACCUAUGAAACGCAGCUAA